AUGAAUGGAUGCAAAGGUGGCCCCGUGACACUUAAAGGUAUAAGUGUGAUUGUAGGACUUUCUUGCGGGGCGGGUCUCAUGAUUUGGGUUCUCACUUCACUGUUUGUUUCCAAGAAAUUGAAACAUAGGAGAACGCUGAUGUUAAAACAGAAGUUCAUUGAGCAAAAUCAUGGACAAUUGCUGGAACAGUUGGUAUCUCAAAGAACUGGUAUUGCAGAACAAAUGAUCAUAACCUUGGAAGAGCUAAACAAGGCAACACGCAAUUUUGAUAAAGAUCUUGUGGUUGGCGGUGGAGGGCAUGGUACUGUUUACAAAGGGAUUUUAUCGAACCAACAUAUUGUGGCCAUCAAGAAACCAAAGAAGGUUCUUUCAAGGGAGAUUGAUGAGUUUAUAAAUGAGGUUGCCAUCCUAUCACAAAUCAACCACAAAAAUGUCCUAAAACUCUAUGGUUUCUGCCUUGAAACUGAAGUCCCGAUGUUGGUAUAUGAGUUCAUAUCCAACGGGACUCUUUAUGAUUAUCUUCAUGUUGAAGGACCAAUAUCAUUGUCGUGGAACAACAGGCUGCGCAUAGCCACUGAAACAGCCAAGUCGCUCGCCUAUCUUCACACAACUGUGGCAGUACCUAUCAUCCACAGAGAUGUCAAGUCCGCUAACAUACUUUUGGAUGAUACUCUCACAGUAAAGGUAGCUGACUUUGGAGCUUCAAGGUACAUUCCGAUGGAGAAAUCUGGGUUAACAACAAGAGCUCAAGGUACACGAGGAUACUGGGACCCUAUGUACUUUUACACUGGGCGGCUCACGGCGAAAAGUGAUGUUUACAGUUCUGGGGUUGUCCUUGUGGAACUGCUAACCAGGAAGAAGCCAUUUUCAUAUUCGUCCUCAGAUGAUGAGGGUCUUGUUGUACAUUUUGUUACCUUGUUUCUAGAAGGGAAUUUGCUCCAGAUAUUAGAUCCACAAGUUAUUGAGGAAGGGGGCAAAGAAGUCCAAGAAGUGGCUGCUAUUGCAACAGCAUGUGUGAAAUUAAGUGGAGAGGACCGUCCAACCAUGAGGCAAGUGGAGUUGAUGCUUGAAGGCAUAUGUGCAUCCGAGGAGCAUAUUUUAGAUAAGGUAGUGGCUAAAAAAGUUUACAAGAAUGGUAUCGAAGUAGGUGUUCAAUCUAAUAAGUUAGUUAGAAAAGUUAAUGAGGGCUCGACAAGACGGUAUAGUAUGGAAGAAGAGUUCAUACUAUCUGCAAGUUAUCCUCGGCAGUCUGGUUUACAAGGGACAUAA